UUCCAUUUUUUGUUGUAAGACUCUGCAUUUGGUCCGAACUGCAACUUUGACCCGAUCUCUUAGCCGUUAACUAACUUUUGUUCUUUAAACGGCCAGCCCGGGAUCGAAUGCCACGGAAACGGAUCGUAGACGAAACGAGACUCUAGCUACUCUCUCACACCUGCGCAAAUCCAGCCCUUUCUGACUCCUCCGCUCGCACGUGUCUCCAUUCCCAAGAACCUCGAUGCUGCACUAGCACGUGCCAUCGAAUUAUGCUCCAUCAACCAAGUGCCGAUCCUCCCCUUGAUCCUAUAUAUAACGCAGCAUUCCAAUCUUCUGCUACGUCCAAAUACGCUUCGAGAGAGAGAGAGAGAGAACGAGAGAGGAUGGCAGGGAAUCCGGGGAUGAGGGAUGGGUACGGCAGCGAUAUCCGGCGGGCGGAGGAGCACGUUGGCGGACACACGCAGGUUCUCCGGGAGGAGCGCCGCAGCACCGCCGGCGGAGGCGGCCACCGGGAGGAACACCAUUCCAUCACCGGCAUGCUCCACCGCUCCGGCAGCAGCAGCUCCAGCUCUUCGGAAGAUGAUGGGCAGGGGGGCCGAAGAAAGAAGAAGAGUGUCAAGGAUAAGAUCACGGAGAAGCUGCCCGGCGGAAAAGGUUCAGAGAAGCACGGCCGCACGGAGUAUGUCCACCAGGAGGUGCACCAUGAACCCGAGAAGAAGGGCAUGAUGGACAAGAUCAAGGAGAAGCUGCCCGGCGGACACCACACGGAGGAGCACAGCCAUGCCGGCUCCACUGUCCACCAUGAGGUGCACCACGAGACGCAUCAUGACCACGAGAAGAAGGGCAUGAUGGAAAAGCUCAUGGAGAAGCUGCCUGGCCACCACUGAGAUCAGCCUAGUUUCCGUGGCCUCUGUUGAUUCGUGUUGAGGGUUGGAGAGCUGAGAAAUAAAGAAAACCAUGUUCUAGUCCACGUAACAUGUGUUUUUGUAGCUGUGUUUCUUUUUCGGCUUUCUUUGGGCAGAUACGAAAGCCUUCUGGUUUUGCUUCGCUUGUUAUGUGUAGCAAGUGCUUUGCCAUUUGCGGCGUUGUUUUCCAUAUAUAACAUUGUAAGCACAACAUUGUUUCAGAUCGUCUCCUCUAGUUUUUCUAUGUAUCUUCAGCUCCCACAUGACCAAAUUGUUUGCUUUGAUUCAUUUCAGCAUGCUUAGAUCAUAAGCUGAUUCAUUCAUACAGUGGUGCUGA